CCAACGGCACUGCGACCUCGUUUUUGCUGGUAAUUAAGGCGUCCAUGCCUUGCCGAUGCAGCUCCACAGCUUACAUCUCGUCCAGCUGUCCGCCCAGAUCUGAGGAUGGCUUUGACGAAACCCAGUUUCUGGGCUGUGGAUCAGCAGGCGCUGUCAAGAUCGGCGCUUUCUCGAACAAUGAGAUGGGGCAAUGUACUCAUGAUAUGAAUGGGAUGUACAUGAAGUGGUUGCUGGGUGCUGGAGGGCAUCGGCUCAGCAAGUCGGUCGGGUCGUUGAAAGCAGGUAUUCGAAUACUUGAUCGAGGAACGUUAUCACUAUUCCGUCCGUUUGCGUACUACAGCACGUUGAGGUUUCAGACUUCCACACGAUAGCCGCCGUUGUGGGAGCAAAAUGGCAAAAGGAAAGGUAUGCCAUGACGGAAAGCACCAUUGUGGAUCGAAUGAAGCUGAU